CUUAUGUACCUCUAAACACUCUCAUCCCACCCAACCGCUCCUUAGUCCGUCCGUCCUUCCGUCCGUCCUUCCUUUUCAUCUUCUUUUUUCCUCUUCUUCGAAUAAAGCACCAUGGGCUCUUCAAUCUCAAAGUCAAAGAAGAAGAACCGGCAUUCAACCUCGUCCGUUGGCGCCACGACCACAACCAAAAAGUCAAAAAAGAACACCGCCCUCGGGAACAUGGCCCAUCCCAACUCGGACACCUCCAUCCUCCAGAACCCGCCCCAGUGGAGCAGCUCCUUCAACCAGACUCAGCAACAGCAACACAGCGCUACUACCUCUAAUAAUACUGCAAAUGCAUCCUACAACCCUCAAAGCAUUGACACCAAGAAAACAAACAGAUACAGUAACGACGUGUCCCAGGGCCCCAGUGCCAAUAUCGCCCAGCCUCGCACAAGCACCUCAUUAUUCCGUGGGCCCAAGAGUAGCCAACGCGAGUCAGAUCCCCUACCGCAGGUCCGCCGCAUCAGUUUACCCGUUUCCGAACCUAUCACUACCACUAUCGCCAACACCACCAACAAUAACAACAGCCACUACAACCACUACAUCGGUGCCAGCAGCAGUUACAGCAAAGACCACAUCGGCGAACAGUCUCCGCUUUCGAGACCAUACGGAACCAGACAAACCUUAGAAACAAAUCGGUUUGACCAGCAACGGAACCCCUAUACCGAGUCACCACGACCCACCUUCGGUGCCUACAAGGCGCCUGUUCCCUCGCUGCCUAUCGCUGCUCAGGCUACCUCAUUCCCACCUCCACCUCAGAUCGCAACCCCUCCCUUGUCUCCCAGCGACGUCCCUUCAUUUCCUGCACCGCCCGGAUCCACAUCGUCAUCUGUGCAAGAGCCCCAGCGGCUAUGGAGAGAGAGUUUACGUAAUGCGGCCACUGCGGAGAGUCGCAAGCCAGAGUCGGGUCCGACACGGUCCAACAGCAGUAACAGUUGCACUAGUCAGUCGAGCUCCGCCUACUCAUCCUCAGGACGGAGGUGCCGAAAGAACAAGCCGGUCUCUGGAUCCACAUUUGCGAGCUCAACCUUCUCGCCCUCGCCCUCUAAUACAUCUCAUAUGAACGUUGGCGUCAGCAGACAGCGUUCAAACAAGACUAACGUCGUUCACCCGGAGGGCGAAUCUCGACUAUCGCGUCAACGUCACCAGUUACAGCAACAGCAACAGCAACAGCAGCAGCACCAGCUUGAGCACUCCGAGAACGCCUCGACCAUUUCCUUACCAGGGUCCAAGUAUAUGGGUCGUGAUGGAGGCUUAAGAAUCAGCAUCGAGGAUGACAGCUUAUUGGGCACUUCCAGCGCGCUGACAAGUAGAAACGCAUCAGAGUUGUCUCUCGCGGGCUCUGCACGAAGAGGCACUCCAGCAGGUAGCGAGAGUCCGAACCUUGUAGGUGUCAAUACUCAGAACACCCGUUACGACAAUCAGUACUCGAGCCCUCGUCAGUAUCCAGUGAACCUGCAGCAGCAGCAACAGCAACAGCAACAACAGCAACAACAGCAACAACAGAGUUACCCUCGGACGGGUUCUCCGCCCGAUACUGGCGAGCACGGACUUUCAGAUUCGACAAUCAAGCAUCGCACCUUCAACAGCAGGACCACACCCUCCUCAGCGCGCGAGUCAACAUCUACGAUCAGCACCGCGAACUAUCAAUGGAUGGAUGAUCAGACAGAGGACAAUGGGGCUGAGGAUUCCCUGAACCGAGAGUCUAUGAUGAUGCUUUUUCACUCGCCUACUGCAACCGACUUUGGUUCCUCGAUCAAAAACGCACCAACCAAUCCGGGUUCCGAGCAACAGAGCCAGCAGUUUCUGGAGCAGCAGGCGCAACAGCAUGCACUGCUAAAGUAUUUCUUCAGGGGCAAUUACCAUGCGCCUUUCAACAAGCAGGAGUUGGUGUCUGUCCUCGAUGUUGGCUGUGGAUCAGGGCUUUGGAUGAAGGAUAUGGCGCUCGAGUUCCCUCUGGCGAAGAUCCAUGGUGUCGAUGUGAAUGCUCCCACCCGUCGUCGGCGUCCCAGAGCCAACAAUCUGUCGGCUUUGUCAUCUCCUUCAUCCCCUACGUUUGCGGGCAAUAUGGGGGCUGCACAGCGUCCGAGUCGUCAAGAUAACAGUUCCUCAGGCACAUCUCACCCCUCCACGAGCCCCUGUGGACUGCCGAUGGUGGACUCUCUGCCGAGCAAUUGCUACUUCCACAACGCAGACAUAACCGCUGGCUUGCCCUUUCCCGACAACACCUUCGACUACUGCCAUGUGAGGCUCGUUCUUUGGGGAUAUCCUUUGAACUGCUUCCCUGAUCUGUUGAAUGAGCUAAUCCGCGUAACUAAGAAGGAGGGGUGGGUUGAGUUCAUGGACUUGGAUCCAUGCAUCCUCAAAGCAACAGAGAUCGGAAACUGCAUUAACGAAUGGAUCAAAACGGGUCUUAUCCACAGUAACAUGGAUCCAGACCUGGUCAAGACCCUGCCUAGGUUCCUCAAGGAGUUCUGCGAGGACACCACUAAAGCCGUCCUCCCCCCAAUUGUAAACGGUCAGAACAGGAACCGGACCUCGCUUAUCCUGCCCUCGCAGCUCUACGGACUCAAGAACCUUAAGGUAUCCAAGUAUUCAUUGCCCUUCGGACCUUGGGGUGGUCAAGUCGGAGAGCUCUGGCAGAAAACAUUCACGACAUUCUUGAAGGGCCUGGAGCCCAUGAUGGUCGAUGCAACGCUCUCGGGCCUGGUCAUUGAUCAAUAUCAUCGCCAAUGCCAGCAUGAAAUGCAGUAUCUCGCCGAAGCCUCUGCUGCCUCAACUGGAAGAAUGAGUACCGACGGUGGCGAUCACUCACGCGAACGUAUCACCAGUUUCGACCAGAGACUUUGCACCCAUAAGGCAUGGCACCAUCUGAUCCAGCAGCUCGUCAAGGAUGCCACACUCUCUGCCGCACAGUUGGCAUCAAGUGCAUCGCAUUCAGUGUCGGCGCGAUCGUCUAUCAAGGAGAUACGUUCGUACAACAACUUUUACAUUGCUUAUGCUCAGAAGGUCGACCUCGUAGAGUUGAAGCAACAGCUUUUGUUGCAGCAGCUGGAGCAGGAGAUCUUGAGCCCUAACCCGAAUAUGACUUCCGCUCCCACGUUCUCGUUGGCUUCUAACCCAACUUGUGGUGUUAUCCCGACGCGUCAACAAAGUCUGGGUCAGGACCAGAGCUCCAUCCCGAUUAAGGUUCAGAAUCAACAACUGCGGAAACAGCAGCAGCCAAAUGAUGAUCUUCGUGAGAAUGCAGAGCGCCACAAGCGAUUGACGAGUACCCUUCGGGAAAAGCUGUCGUCGCCCAAUCUUCAUCAGCGUUACAUCUCCAGUGCGACGACGGCCUCAGAGAAUACUAUGGAGGAGGAUGAUCUGUCAGUAGGGUCGCGCAACAAGAAUCGAUAUGGCGUCGUGGCAUCGUUGACACAGGAUGCGCUCGAAUCGUUCAAUAGGACCAACAGACUCGAUCAGGGGUCUGAGGCGAUCGCUCCUAACUCGUCUGCAGUACCGCCGGCGCCGACAUCGGUCGCUGCACUUUUGAUUCGUGGCAGCUCACGAAACUCAAACAGGAACAAUCGCAUCUCUGGCAAUGGAGAUGAGUCUGUCGCUAUUGGAACACCAGGAUCAUUGACGAGUACGUCUGGAUGCCAUAGUCCUCGCAUCGCUGUGCAUUCGUUGAGACAUCAAGAGUCGGUCCAGAGUGGAUUGGGUAGUCCACAGCCUCGGGUACCAGCACAGGAAGAGAUUUCUUCAUUUGAGCCCGACUACUUCAACCAGGUGCCGAUGCAGUAUCCUUCGGCUUAUUAUCAUCAGCAGUACCAUCACCACCAGCAACAGAUGGGUAAUAUUACGAAGAAACCAAGCCUGUUAUCUCAAGUUCUUGUACAUCAGACUGGAGCUGCUGCUGCGGGCACUGCCGCUGUGGGCGCAGCCCUUGGCGGUGCUACAGAAUUGGAUGGUUAUGGGAGGAAGAAGGGUCGGUCUACAACUGGUGCAUAUGCGAGCGAUGAACAUGUUGAUACCUCCAAUCUGGGAGAUUCGGCUCUGAUCGGCCACAACACAGCAGGAAAGGGACAGCUUGGCACUGUAGUACAUGGAGAGGAUGGAGACGAGGGCUCGGACAUUCUGAUUGCGCUCAAGGACGAAGACGAGGAUGAUUAUGAUGAAGAGCUCGAGAUGCAAUCAAAGUUGAUGAGUCCUGAGGGUAUUAUGGGUAUGGUCCCGGAGCACCAGGUAUCGACGGCAGUCCGGCCGGGUGCACAUCUUGUGCCUAUCAAGUCAUCUUCAGCUUUGGUCGAGCAUACAGAGGAUGAGAUGGAGGGCGAGUACGAGUACGCACACGAUGGAAGGGAGGGUGAGACGAACGAGAGCAGUAAUUACGUGUCUCUCGACAAUACUGAUAAUGGAUCUGUGAUAGACGAGAGUCAGCUUCAGAUGUUACAUGUGGAGGAUGAAGAGGUUAUGAUUACUAUGGCUCCGGAGGAACCGCAGGAGCCCUUGGUUCUGGCGACGACGUAUGGUAUCAAAGAGCCACACUGGCCUAUAGACUUCACUCAAGAGACUGGGUCUGUUGCGAAGAACGGAGGAGUCUGGUCUGGGCGGGAGUAGGGUCCAUUGCUACCGCUGACAGGACGCAAAUCUGGUUUGGAUGACAGUGUACGGUGAGUGGGCGAGGUCAUCUCUGCGGCCAAGGAGGAAGGAGGUGCUGGCAACAGCAACAACAACAGCAGCAGCAGCGGCGGAGAGUGAUCUAGCGGAUUUGAAGUCUGAGGAAGCAUCUAGUCGAUCCGUGGAUGUUGCGGCCGCUGAGGACCAGUAACUUGUUUAUUGUAUAGUGUAAAAUAAGGAGGCACCCCUUUCCUCCCUUGAAUUGUUAUCGUUCUGUCUUUUCUCUCCGCAUCUUGUCUGUCAC